AUGGAUUGGCGACUACUCGACUACGCCAAAGCCGCUGAGGACACAGCAACGGAACUCGGCCUCUGCGUCAGCGAAAUCCCACAAUACCGUAAAGAUAUCACUGGCGACAUUGCUGAACUGUAUGCUAUCUCGAAUGCCUUGCAAACGCUACAUGAGGCACUUGAGCUGUCCCGCCAUGGGAGGGCUUCAGGCCGGAUCUUGAAGGACCUAGAUGUAUGCCUCCCAAGUCUGGGCUAUACCCUCGACGAUGUGCGCGAUAUAUUCAACAAAUCGAAGAGGAAGAGUCGACUGCCAGGCGCCUUUCCUGGUACCCCGCAGUACGCUGAGAUGUGGGAGGAUGCUCUUGCCGAUUUCAAGGCUCAGGGUAUAUCCCUGCCACUUCGACUGGAGUACUUUCGUACGUAUCUGCAGGGAAUGUAUGAUGAACUGCGAGGCGAUGACCCAGGGGAGGAGAUCGAUAAAAUCCAUAUCCGCCUGAAGAAGUUACUGAAACAGCAGGAACCCCUUGAUUCGUACUUCAGCAGACUAUCGAUACCCAGUCAUGGUCCUGCUAGAACACCGAAGCCUGCACCACCUCGCACCCCAAGACCGAUUAUACAGAGCUUCUCAUCGUAUCCAGCGUACGGCCAUGCACCUCCACCGCCGCCUCCGCCACCUCGUACGCCUCGGCCAACAUCCCAGGUAUACGGCGGGAUUGGGGACAUCCCAAUCUACGUGCCUCCAGCCGCCCCUUCCGUACCUAAUUCACCUACAUUCUCGUCCACUUCUUCCCAAGGCCUUUCCUCUCAUUCCACUGACCCCGGGGGUCCAGUUACUCACUGGGCCCUGCGGAUACUCGACGGACGGCAUCCGUCUACUCCUUUUCGAACACUGGGAGAAAUCACCGAAUGCCUCGGCCGAGAUGAGCCGCGUGUCAUUGAGAUGCUGGGUGACGAUGGAUUUGAGAAAGUCCUGGAGCUGCCAUUGGAGGCGACUAAUGUCUGGCUACGCCUCUACUGCAGAUUCAAGGACCUUCGAGCCCGCAUCUUGUUUCUCACUAUGGACCCGGAUGGCACGCGUAGGAGGUUUUGUUUCCCAUUGACCGGACUGAAGAUAAUCCGGAAGGACUCUUGCCUGCAAUUGUGUCGAGUCAAUCGCAAGGAUGGAGGGCUCGACCUGUGGGCUCGCCUGCGGUUUCCUAUGUAUGAACGAAUGGUACUCUUCUACAACACCGCUGUCGCUAUGAAGCACCAGGACCAGACCCGCAUGGCCGACGGCUUGGAAGACCUGUGGGAUCUGGACAACAAGGAAAGGAUAGAGUUCAGCAGUGAGAUCUCAGACACUCACUUCCUGCACCACCUUCGUGUGUAUCGCGAUCAAGACUCCGGUGUUGUUCGAUUCGAAGCAACUCCUCGCCGCGGUCCACUCAUAGCGGUACCUAUCUGGACUGCUUUCGUCACGCAGUUCGUUGGAGACAGAAGUUGGAUGAAGAAAGUCGGCUUGACCACAGUCGUCUUCAGGCAGUUACACCCGUAUGUGUUCUGCGAGGGGUACAAAUUGCCAAAAGGACCCAGUGGGAGAUACCAGUUGAACUUCUCUGCGUCUGAGGAUGCGAGAAACUUCAUUGAAACCUUUCAUCACAUUCGGGUCCGACGAUGA